AAAAACCCAAAUCAGCCAAAAGAGCAAUCGUCUACAGAAAAGGAAACGUUUUUUUUUUCUUUUUUCGAUGUGAACUUUUUGUAUUCUUUUUGUUUCAUCAACUUUGUUAAGAACACAAAUUUAUAUUUGGGUUUUUAAAUUCUGAUUCUCUGUUUUCGUGUAAACGUAUGCUCUUUGUAUCUAUGAAGUUUUGUUUGUUUGUUUCUUCUUUUUUGUUUUUGGGUUUCUGGGAAGAUGUUUAAAGUGGGUGAGAAGGAGAAGAUGAUGUUGAUAAGGGACAUGAAAAGAAAUAGUGAGCUUGAGACUUUAUCGAGUGAGAGCCCUCAAACUCCUCCAUUUCUUAAUCGUCAACACCGUUCACCAGUUACUCGAGUUUCCCCUUCUCGUUCAAGUUCCUUCUCUAAUGGGUUUCCUUCACCUGAAAAAAGUUUACCGUUUGAAGACCGACCACAACAACAACCCAAUUUUCAUCAUCAUAGACUCUGGUUGGAUCCUACAUCAUUACCAGUUUUUCAUUUCAGAAAUAAGAAUGCAAAUGAAAAAAAUUGGGUCGAUGAUGGUUUUGGUUUGUGUGAGAAUCUAUGCCAAAUGCAUAUUGGAGAUGAAGAAAUUGAUGGGGAUGAUUCUGCCGAAAGGAGGAGAUCCAAGUGCGACCCAGAUGGCUUGGGCCUUAGUUUUGAAGAUGUAUCUUCUUAUAGUGCUGGAAAAUAUAGUUCAUAUGAAGGGUUUCAAUCUUCACCACAGCAAGUUCCUGUGUGUUUUGAUGGCAAUGAUGUCAUGAGGUCCACAUUGCUUGGUUUGCAUGGUGGAAACGAAAAGGGUGAUUCACUGGGGUCUUAUGGUAUUGGUUACAAUCAGUCAAAUGAUUUGGUUUCAGAAUCGAGUUGGUACAAUAACCAGAGACACUAUAUUUUGGACCAGAGAAUGGAACAGUGCAGGAGUUUUGACAAUGGGGGAAUUCUAUUACAGAAUGCCUUUAGUGCUAGGCCCUACCUUGACAAUCCUUUUGAGCUCUGCUCACAGCAAUGUGGAAUGGAUGGUAAUGGAGGUAGAGGAGUCAUUAAUUCUUUGAGCUCUCCUAGAUCCUUGCACAGCAAGGAUCCUAAUGUGGAGGAUCAUAGUAUCAUCAUUCAAGAAAGAGAUUUGAAGUAUGGUGUUGACAACUUGGGCCAUGAUUCAUUCAAGUGUCAUAAGAAAAAAUGUCCCAAAGGCAUUGCAAUGCAAAACCUUAAAGAGAAAAGCCCUAGAAUUGACAGAAAUCAUGGAGAAAAUGUAAGACUAAUGCCAAGCCCAUAUUCCUUGGUUGAGUUUCGAGGAUGUAUUAAUUAUAUGGCUAAGGACCAGAUUGAUAGUCGUUUCUUACAAAGGAUUUUUGAUGAAGGAAGCUAUUUAGAUGUUCAGAUAAUAUUCAAUGAAAUUAUUGAUAAUAUUGUUGAACUUAUGAUGGAUCCCUUUGGCAACUACCUUGCGCAAAAGUUGUUGGAUGUGUGUACUGAAGAACAAAGACUGCAGAUUGUUCUCAUGGUGACAAAAGAAGCAGGACAACUUGUGAGGAUUUCCUUGAACACAUAUGGUACUCGUGUAGUGCAGAAGUUGGUUGAGACUCUCAAGUCCAGACAACAGAUUUCUCGGAUUAUAUCUGCUCUUAAACCUGGAAUUCUUGACCUUAUCAAGGAUCUCAAUGGAAAUCAUGUUUUGCAGUGCUGCUUGCAAUGCCUUGACAACGAAGAUAAUAAGAUUAUUUUUUAUGCUGCUGCACACUUCUGCGUAGAUAUUGCCACUCAUCGUCAUGGAUGCUGUGUGUUGCAACGCUGCAUUUCUCAUUCCAACGGGCAACAUCGAGAUAACCUAAUUACUCAAAUUUCCAGAAAUGGACUUCUUCUUGCUCAAGAUCCUUUUGGGAAUUAUGUUGUUCAGUAUGUUAUAGAGCUAAAGCCCCCCCCUGCUGUUGCCAACCGCUUACUUUCUCAGUUCAAAGGGCACUAUGUUCACCUCUCAAUGCAGAAAUUUAGCAGUCAUGUGGUCGAAAAAUGCCUCAAGCAUUUUGCAGAAAGCCGGUCACAAAUCAUCCGUGAGUUGAUCUCUGCUGUGCACUUUGAACAAGUGUUGCAAGACCCAUUUGCCAACUAUGUGAUUCAAUCUGCUUUAGCUGUAACCAAGGGCCCUCUUCAUGAUUCUCUAGUGAGAGCUGUCCGACCUCACAUAAUCUUGCGAACCAGCCCGUAUUGCAAAAGAAUAUUCUCGCGUAACCUUCUGAAAAAGUGA